UUGUAUUUUAUAGAAGAUAUAGGCUAUCGUAGGAUAGAAUAAUAUAGAAUAGAAUAGAAUUCAGCAUGAUAUCGCAUGAUAUUACAGAAUAAUUCAAAAUAAUGUUACAACGAUCGAAUGCUUCCCAUUGGCACAAAACAAUCCAACCAAAUCCAUCCAAUCACGGUAUUUCCAAAGAACCCUAAACAAGAACGUAUUUAUUCAUUCCAUACUCAUGGGCCGUGUCUCGUUCGACUAUUGGUCGCGUAACAUCGAAUCUAACUGUUGGAUGGCAAUUUUCUAAAUUCAUAAAUUUUACUCGUAAUUCCCGUUGCCGCCGCACGUUACACGCGGAAGAUCGACCGUACUUCCCCCCCCUAAAGUUUUCACGCCGUUGAAAUAAAAUCGACGAUUUCCACCAACGAGACUGAACGAGACCAACCGGAACCAACGAUAUAUAUCCUACGAUUCAAUCAUAAACAAUGGAGUCGAAUAGUCGUACACUCGGUAAACGUGAUGUAACGUUACGCGUGUAACGUCCCCCAAGCCUAUUGACACCGGCAUUGGAAACGCUAUGGUGGUGUCAGUGAUACGAUCGUCAUGAACGUGCUCGAACAACCGCCAUCGAAAAUCGUUUGACAGCUGUUUAAGGUUCAGCGUGAUGUGUAAUGGGAUUAUUCGUUCGGAGCUCGAGGAAACAUAGCUGUCCGCGGUCGUGGAACGUUUAAGAAAGUGCAACGGCAAUGAAACUGCUACGUGGUUUCGACGCACUGCAACGUGAAUGUGUCGCGGCGUAAUUUCUACGCCACGAAUGUUUUCCUUGAUUGUUCUUACGUGUGAGGCUACGAAACGGUUCGCGGCAUAAUGGCAGCUCAUAAGACAGGCGGGCAGAGCGCCCGAAAGAAAGUCCAGGUAUCCAUGGUUAUAAGAGAUGAAGUGGAGAAGAGACACAGAGCUGGAGUGAAUUCCUUGCAGUAUGAUCCAGCUUUGCACAGGCUUUACUCUGCGGGUAGAGAUAGCAUAAUAAGGAUAUGGAAUUGCAAGAAUAUGAAGGAUCCAUAUAUUCAAUCCAUGGAGCAUCAUACGGAUUGGGUCAAUGAUAUAGUAUUAUGUUGUGGUGGUAAAAAUUUGAUAUCAGCCAGUUCUGACACAACAUUAAAAGUAUGGAAUGCCCAUAAAGGUUUCUGCAUGUCUACAUUAAGAACACACAAAGAUUAUGUUAAAGCUCUAGCAUAUGCUAAAGACAGGGAGCAGGUUGCCAGUGCAGGUCUAGAUAAAUAUAUCUUCCUGUGGGAUGUUAACACGUUAACAGCUCUUACAGCAAGCAACAACACUGUAACAACAUCAUCUCUUACUGGAAAUAAAGAUUCAAUAUAUAGCCUUGUCAUGAAUCAAACUGGGACAAUUGUAGUCAGUGGUAGCACAGAAAAAGUUUUGAGAGUAUGGGAUCCAAGAUACUGUACCAAAUUGAUGAAACUUAAAGGUCAUAUGGAUAAUAUUAAAGCUUUAGUAUUAAACAGAGAUGGUAGUCAGUGUUUGUCUGCUAGCUCAGAUGGAACAAUUAAGCUUUGGUCAUUGGGACAGCAAAGAUGUGUUCAAACUUUUAGAGUACACAAGGAAGGUGUUUGGGCAUUAUUGGCAACAGACACUUUCAGCCAUGUGAUAUCAGGUGGUAGAGAUAAGAGAGUUGUAAUGACUGAAUUAAGUUAUCCUGAAAGAUACACUGUUAUAUGCGAAGAAAAAGCACCCAUAUUAAAAAUGGCUAUGACACCUGAUCAGUCUAGUAUUUGGGUGGCAACUAGCGAAUCAACUAUAAAUAAUUGGUCGAUUAGUCAAAAAGAUUGGCAAGACUUUGGAAUCGGAGACUAUUGUGACUCCGCUAGUGGGGUAACUUCGAAUGUUUUACGCAAUACAGAACCUGCACAAAAAAUAUUAGGCGGUCCCGCGAUACGGCAUUACCGUGUUUUAAACGAUCGAAGACACGUUUUAACGAAAGAUACGGAAGAGAACGUAGCGUUAUACGAUGUAUUGAAAGCAUGUAAAGUAGAAGAUCUAGGAAGGGUAGACUUUGAACAGGAAAUCAAGAAAAGAAAUAAAAUGGUGUAUGUUCCAAAUUGGUUCAACGUAGACCUUAAAACAGGGAUGUUGACCAUUCAUUUAGGCCAAGAUGAGAGCGACUGUUUUUCCGCGUGGGUCUCUGCAAAAGAAACUGGUCUCGCAGAGAACGAUGCAGUCGAUCAAAAAGUGAAUUAUGGAAAUCUUUUACUACAAGCUUUGCUCGAACAUUGGUGGAGACCGUUGCACGCCGACGAUGAAAACGAAGGUAAUAGUAACGAGGGUAAUGGCCCUAUACAUACAAGAGGAGGAAAUCCAUACUUUUCAGUACCUAGUCAUACACCUGUUAUAUUUAGCGAAGUGGGAGGAAGAACUUUGUAUAGAUUAUUAGUCAGAGAUGCUGCAGGAGAAACAGAAGGAGUUUUAUUAAAUGACACUGUACCAGCAUGGGUGGUUAAUAUUGUCGUGGACAAGAAUCUUCCACAAUUCACUAAAACACCUUUUUAUCUUCUUCCACAUGCCACGUCUGGUGUAAAAAGUCUAAAGAAGGAUCGUUUAAUUGCAAAUGAUUUUAUACAAAUUCGUAAAGUAGCGGAACAUGUUUGUGAUAAAGUGCUCGGCGCAGGAAGCGAUUCAGGAUCGGUGGCAGGUACUGGGAACACAGUUUCCGGUGGUUCUCCAGCAGGAGACAGAACAAACACAGAUUCGAAUGCUGAUAAUUCUUCGCUGGCCGAAGAAAAAGUGGAACUUUUAUGUAACGAUCAAGUUCUAGAUCCUUCUAUGGAUUUGAGGACGGUCAAACAUUUCAUCUGGAAAAAUGCAGCAGACUUAACGUUGCAUUAUCGGCCUGUAAAAUAGUUAGGGUUGAGUACAUCAGAACAAGGAUCUCUAACGUGUACCUGGUUUUUUUCUAUGGUAAGAGUAACGGAAGACAUGUGGACUAGUUGCAGAGUGUGGCAUCUCACGCUACCUCCUCUUCAUGAAAUAUUCAAUCGAUUUUCGGUGGAUGUUCCAUUAGAUAUCGCAACUGAAGACGAGUAGAGGCCAGGUCGCGCACAGAGUACUUGGAACUGAAUGCGUUUGAAAGCAAUAACGUGUGGAAGUAUUAGCAUAAAUUGCUCAUAUUUGUAUAUUUAUAUCCUGAGGCCAAACUCAUCCCUACGACGUGAAAUACCAAUUUCAGUUAGUGUACUUUUAGAGACAUAUGUUUUUCGUACCUGGGUGUACAGUAUUAAAUGCUUGUCGUCAGCCAUUUAUCGUCUUCCCACUUCAAAAGUACCAGUGAGAAAGUUAAGCACAAAACGAGGGACAGGAUCGUAUGGCCCAGGAAAUUAUUUAUUUUCAUUUUCUCUAAAUGCCAUGUUCACACGAUACUUCUCAAAUUUUUCUGUGUUAAUUUCACUUAGCUGUAUUUCGUAAAUUGUAAGUAGUACUAUUUUAUUUUUCAAUCAAAUAAGAAACUCGUGUAUUUAUUAAACAAAUGAAAUGUAUGUAUUCUAUGAUGUGCGUUAGUAGUACUCCACACACCUGCCUUGUUAUCACAAAGGAAGCAAACUAUAAAGAGAAGAAGGAAAUGUCAAUUUACUAUUAAUCAAAUUACAUUUGAGCAGCCAAAUUAACAGUUCAAUAUUUCCUGUUAAUAAACAUAGGAAAUAACAGUAUGCCCGUCUUCAGUGUAAUAAGGUCAAAUUCUAUCUCUGGUGGAACUUCCAUUAAUUAAAUAUGUAUUUAUGAGAUAUAUAACGAUGUUUCGUAUGAGAAGGAAAAUAUAAAUACACUAACUAUAGUUGUCAGUUAAACGAAUAUAGCCGCAUUGGUAGAAUUUGGCCUUAGGAGACAACUGUAACAGAUAAAAGAAUAUGUAGUUGGUCUUAUGUUAAAAAUAUUCACUCUACUAGAAUCUUAUGAACUGUAUAUACAAAUGCGACUGUAAGUAACGUCCCCUGGUUACGGUGGUGGGCUGUAUAAAUAAAAUUGAAACAAAUGUUGUAUCGAAAACUGGAGCUUUUACACCAAUUCCGUGAAAUUGGGAUAAACGCUUAAUUUUUCUAUUAAAGAGAAAAAAAAGAGAUAA